UUUCCUCUUUCACAUCCAACGGCUAGCGCCACCCAGGAUGCUCAUGCUCGUCGCCGCAGCACGGCUGCCUCUUCUCGCCUCCCAGCCUCGCCGGCGAGAUCCGCCGCGGCCACCGAAGGCGCUCGCCGCCAUACUGCGCUCGCGCGUCAUUGCCUGCCUCCGCGCGCAAGACGGCGAGACGGCGAUGCAGGCGGCCCACGCGGCAGUUCGCGGCGGCGUCUCCGUGCUAGAAAUCGUAAUGUCCACUCCUGGAGUGCUAGAGGUUGUUGAGGAUCUUUGUAGGAGUUAUCCUUCCUUGACAUUUGGGGUUGGUACGGUCCUCAAUGCUGAUGAUGCAAGGAAAGCCAUUAGAGCUGGUGCACAGUUUCUCAUGAGCCCUGGUACAGUCAUGGAAAUACUUUAUGAUCUUGAUGGAAGUGAAAUUCUAUAUAUUCCAGGAGUGCUGACACCAACUGAGGUUAUAUCUGCUUACAAUGCUGGUGCUAACGUCGUUAAGGUGUACCCAGUUUCAGUGAUGGGUGGAGAGAUGUACAUGUCUGCUCUAAAGAAACCAUUUCCUCUUGUACCAAUGGUUGCUUCUCAAGGAAUUACCAUAGGUUCAAUCAAGUCGUACAUGGAGGCAGGGGCAUCUGCAGUGGUGCUGUCCGAUGCUAUCUUUGGCAAAGAGUUGAUGAGAGAAAGGGAUUUCAUAGGAAUUUCAGCGCUUGCAAAUCAGGCCACUUUACAGGCAUCACAGCGUGGAAGAUGAGGCAAAACCAAAAACCGACUACUGUGCAAGCAUUGCAGUUCAGAAAAUGGGAUAUAGUGCUUUUCUGAUAUUGCUUGGCUUGGGAUUAACAAUACCAUCCACUUACAUUCCCUGCUCUCCAUGAGAAGAGGAAGAAGUCGAUUAUGUUUCCCUGGUACUGAGGCCCUCACCGUCCGGACGGUCUCUUCAGUCGGCUCGCCACCGUUGCUGCCCCAGUGUUGCCAACAGAUGGCUAGUUAACAUAGGAGAUUAAUCCAAUCUCAUUCAGCUGCUGCUACCACUCCACAAGUCCACAUUCAUUGACUGUUAUCAACUUUUAUUAUGCCUAGUAAGUACCCAGCUCCAGCACUACUA